UGGCCUCCGUCCUGGAACACUUGCCUUGCUCGGCCGCUGCGUGUUUGAGGAACUGUCCUCCUGAAGGUCAAGUAAACUCAUCCCAAGCUACGUGUGAGGCAUUACCCUGAUGACGGGCCAUGCCAUUCACCGAGGCGACCAUCGGGUGGCAGCUUCCUCAGAGACUGAGACACAGAAGACUUGUUCUCUCGUGUUAAAAUGGAAAGUGCCUUCGACAAGCUGGACGCAGCGGGAUUCUUGGAGAUCUGGCAGCAUUUUGAUGCUGACGAUAAUGGCUAUAUUGAGGGAAAAGAGCUUGAUGAGUUUUUCCGUCACAUGAUGAAAAGGCUGGGUCCUCAGGGGAAAGUGACUGAAGAACGAGUGCAGAGACUGAAGCAGAGGUUCAUGUCGGCUUACGAUGUCACUGCGGACGGGAGACUGCAGAUUCAGGAGCUGGCAAACAUGAUUCUGCCCGAGGACGAGAACUUCCUGCUGGUUUUCCGCCGAGAGUCGUCCUUGGACAACAGUGUGGACUUCAUGAAGAUCUGGAGGAAGUAUGACGUGGACUGCAGUGGCUACAUCUCAGCUCAGGAGCUCAAGGCUUUCGUGAGAGAUCUCUUCAUGCAACACCACCGUGACGUUUCAUCUGAGAAGCUGGAGGAGUACACUGACGCCAUGAUGAAGAUCUUUGACAAAAACAAGGAUGGGCGUUUGGACUUGAACGACUUGGCCCGGAUCCUGUCCCUGCAGGAGAACUUCCUGCUCCAGUUCAGGAUGGAUGCUUGUGGUCAAGAGGAGCGGAAGAGGGACUUUGAGAAGAUCUUUAACCACUACGACGUGAGUCAGAGUGGAGCGCUGGAGGGUCCUGAGGUGGACGGCUUUGUCAAGGAUAUGAUGGAGUUGGUCCGGCCGAACCUGACGGGUCCAGAUCUGGACAAGUUGCGGGCCAUUCUGCUGCGCCAUUGCGACGUCAACAAGGACGGAAAGAUCCAGAAGAACGAGCUGUGUCUGUGCCUGGGAGUCAAACUGGCCCCCUGAGGAGUCAGAGCCUGAGUCAGGAGGGAGACUCAUGGUUCGUUUCAGAAUACCCACUGAAGAUACAUGUGUAACUUGGCACUCGAUGUACUGUAUGUGUUCUGGCCCAGUCAAGUCUGUGCUGUGUUUAAACUGUAGCCUGCAUGUCAAGAUAAAGGUGAUGGCUGGAAAGAUCUGCCUUGUCUUCGUCC